AUGGGUUGCAAACUCGGCGACAAAGCCCUAACCCUAGCCUUAUUGCUCAGAAGCUGGGGCGGUUGUUGCGUCGACAUGCAAUGUUGUUGCAGCAUCGCCGAUGUCAAUGCCAAAGAUGCCACAGUGGAUCUUCAAAAGGCUCCGCCAAUGCCUAUGCCUGCCUUUUCUGGUGAGGAAGCAGAUGACACGGUCAUGCGGCUGUCGAACCAGCAGGAGUUGAAGCGGCUGGACCUUGAUGUUUCGGACACCAAGUGCAUUAUAUUGGCAAGUUGUGACGGAGCAGCUGCUGAGUGGAAUUGCUCUGGAUUUGGGAGGCAGGUGUUUCCAUUCGAUCGCAUUGUGCAGAUCAACGGGACGCCUUGUGAAGGUCAUCAGCUUGUCAGCCUUUUAAGGCAGGAGCAGGAGCCGCUUGAGCUCAGACUUCAGCGGCCCAUUAAGCGUCUUCUCUAUCUCAAAAAGCCUGGGCAGCUGGGAUUCGACUUGAUGUACACUACCGUUCGGGCUGGACCAUGGAAGGCUUCUGCACGGCCGUGGAUUGCAAACAUCAAAGAUGGGCUGGUUGCGGAAUGGAACAAAAAGAUGCCAGAGUUGGCUGUUUCUUGUCAUGAUCGCAUUCUGAGUGUGAAUGGAGCGAUGGGUUCACCAUCAGAUUUGAUGGACCUCCUGAAUGCUGCAGAUGGCGUAGUUCAGCUAGAAGUGCUAAGCUACGGACUUUAA